AUGGAACCUCAGACUACAAUUGCAGCAGUGGUUCAUGAGAUUGGAAAUCUCGACUCAAUAUCAGUUGACCGAGUUCCACUACCUGAAUUAGAAGAAAGUCAAGUUAUCGUCCAAAUGGAAUGUGCUCCAAUCAAUGUUACUGACUUAAUGCUUGCUUUAGGGCACUUAGGAAACCCUCCACCUCCAAAAAUUCUUGGGUUCGAAGGAAGUGGCACUGUAAUUAAAAGUGGAAGCCACCCUUUUGCGCAAUCUCUUAUUGGAAAACGAGUAGCUGCUUUAGCUUCGUUACAAGGAGGCUUUGGAGCAUUUUCUGAAUAUUUGGUGACUUCAGCAUACUCAGUCGUUGUUUUAAGAGAUUCUGUUACUUUUGAACAAGGAGCUGGGCUGAUUAUAAGUCCAUUUACUGUAGCUUUAAUGAUAGAGAAAUUAAAAGAAGGCAGCCACACUUCAGUUGUUUUUAAUGCUGCAGCUUCUACAAUCGUGAAAAUGGCUAUAAAAUGGUGCAAAUUGUUAAAUAUCACUGCUAUUUGUUUAGUAAGAACACAAGAGCAAGUCGAUAUUUUGGCUUCUAUAGGAGUUCAGCAUGCUUUUAAUACUUCAAAAGAGGGCUGGAAAAAUGAAGCAAAAGCAUUGACAAAUCAGCUAGGGACGAAAAUUGGAUUUGAUUGUAUUGCUGGGAAUGAAACACAAAAUAUGAUAGAUUUAUUGGUAGAGGAAGGGACUGUUUAUGUGUAUGGAGUACUUUCUGGACAAAGCUCAAUCCCUCUUAGUGUUGGAGAUAAGAUUGUGCGUGGCUUGUUAUGGGCAAAGUGGUUUUUCAGGUUAUCAGCUGAAAAAAGAGCUGAAAUUGAGAAUAAGCUUCAAGAUUUGGUUGGGGAUGUGCUGAAAACUGAGUUUAAUGAAGAGGUAAGUCUUGAUGGAGUUAAAGAUGCAAUUAAGCAGUAUUCUGAAAGAAAAACAGAUAGAAAAUUCUUAGUAAGACUAAGAAGAGCUUAA